AAUUUUAAUCGUAUAUACAUGCAUAAAUUGUAUUAUCAGGUGUAAUAGAAUAAGUAAAAUUUGGGAAGUUCUCAAAUUAAAAUGUUUCAAAAUUUUGUUAUAUAUUGUAAUGGAUUUUGGGGUAUAUGUAUGUGAAUCCUAACUUAAUUAUGUCAACUGAAAGAGUGGUAUGGGUUGAAAUAAUCGAACCCAAGACCAAGGAAUAUAUGUAUGCAAAUUUAACAACUGGAGAAUGUGUUUGGGAUGCACCCAUUGGAGUACCUGUCAAAAAGACUGAUAAUAAUCAAUGGUGGGAGUUGUUUGAUUCAAUAACUAAUCGUUUUUAUUACUAUAAUGCUGCUUCUCAAAAAACAGUUUGGCAUCGUCCUCCAAAUUCAGAUAUUAUACCAUUAGCUAAACUUCAGACUUUAAAACAAAAUACUGAGCCAGCAAUCAAUGAUGAAAAUGACCGUAAAUAUCCCAAAGAGUCAGUGUCAACCCAAACCUCUGGACGAAGUAGAGUUGCUUUACCUCUUUCAUCUAGUAACCAAAGCCUGGGUAAUGUUGAAAAUGUUCCUUCAUUUAAAUUGAUGGAUCCUGUUACAAUUAAUAAGAAUUCAGUUAAUUCCGAAACUCAAACUUCACCACUUACUCCUCGUAGAUCUCAUCAUCAUCAUCAUCAUCACCACCACCAUAAUAAAUACCAGUUACAAAGUAAUGUACCAAGUAGAGGACGACAGGAAAUCAGAGGAAAUCAGCCAAAUGUAUGGCAUAAUCGCACAGCUUAUUCUCAGGAUUCGGGCCGAUCGAGUGAUUCAAGUUGUGUAUCUAUACAUUCAUCUAGUGGAAAGGAUAACAAUGUUGGUUUGUCAAUGUCUGCUAGUACACCAAUAUUUAAAAAAAAGAUUUCUCAGCCAGUUGUUUCACAAUUAAAUCUAAUUCAGCGCAGUUCUUCUAAUGCAUCUCAAUAUCAGUUAUUGUUAGGAAAACAGAAAAGCUUUGAUACUGAUAUCAGUAUUGGUGGAGGUUACAGUCUUGGGAAUGAUAACCGCAAUAAUAGUUGUUCACGUCCUCGACCUCCAGUUAAUUUGUCUUCCAGCUUAUCUAAUAAUCAAAUUAUUCGAAGCCAAAGUUUUGCCCAGAAGUCAAUAGGUUCAAAAAAAUCACGAUAUAAAGAUGAAGAAGACUCUAUGCAUGAGAAAUAUUUAUCACCUAAUGGACUAAUGGGUAUUCCACCACGUCAUGGCAAAAAAUCUGUAGAGUCUACACCUCUGAGCACACGAAAAUGGCACUCACAUUCUGAAACUGGAUCUCCAACUUCAUCUUCUAAAAUUAAACCUUUAACUCCAGAAUAUGCAAAUUUUGCUGCUCCUCCUCCACCUUUAUUAGCUCCUAGCCAUUCGAGCUCAAAAUCAUCAUUAAAUCAGUCCAUUGGAAUGUCAAAAAGUUCUAAAGAUGCAGGGCUAUCUAGUAGUGAUGAUGAUGAUGAAUCUAUUGAAGAUCACAACUCUAGUUCUAGUGUUUCUAGCAGUCCUCCUACAACUGGUAAAACUGACCAAAAAUUCAAAUUGGAAAACAAAAAAAUUGAUAACUUUUCUAAAACGAGACCUAUUUCAAAUCAUUCAAGUUCAUCUAGUCAACGUGGCGAUGGUUUAAGAAAAAGUGUUAGUCCUUCUACUUCAGAUAAAAAAAUAAAUCCAUUAUAUAGUAAUAUGGACAUGUUUGAAGGAAGAAUUUUACCAAUUCAUCAAUAUAUUUUAGAACAAAGAACAUUUUCAGGUUCAGAAGAUGAAGAUGCUGAAAUUGAAGACCUAAUUGGUGUAAUGGGCACAGCUACUGGAUAUGACAGCGAUGAAUUUGCUGAUGAUGAAGGUGCUAUUAGUCAAGGUGAACAAUCAAGUUCACCAUCACCAUCAAACACAUCAUCGAGACAUUAUUUAAGAGAUGAAUUAGACUAUGACCAUUUAACCGCUAUGCGAAUCACACAACCUCGUAGUUACACUAAUGAUGGUAGGGUAUGUGAUUAUGUUGUAGAAUCUGCUGGCAAUAGUCAACAUUAUUACAACACUGUUACAAAUACUUUAGCAACGCAAAGAUCUGUCAAUCUAGUCACACCAUCUAUUUCUGAUUCUUUUAAUAGCUCAGUUUCAACUAUUCCACUAGAAACUCAACACACUUCUUUAAGAAGACGGAAAGAUCAGUAUGUUCAUCCUCCUACAGCUUUAUAUUCACCAAUUAUGGAAAAAAAUGAAUUUUUAUUGGCUCGUUAUUCAAACACCAAUCGUAUGAUACUUCAUCCUUCUUUAUGUCAAGAUGCAUAUUCUCGAUUGCCUACCUAUUACUAUAAUCAGGUAUCAAGGACAUUAUUGAAUUGUGAAAAAAAAACUACAUCUGAAAGUGACAUUGAAAAAUAUGCCCAGGACAAUUUGAAUAUACACACUAAAGGUAUAUUCCGCAAGAAGUUUUCUGUCAGAGAUAUGUUGUCAUGGUCAAAGGAUCCAAUUCGUAAACCUAUGUUGGUACUAUCUGAUAAAUUAUUAAAAAAAGAAGCAUGUGAUCUUUUCAAACUAGUUCAAACUUAUAUGAGUGACCGUAAAGCUAAGUUAGGAAUGACUUUAAACAGUGUUGCUUUAGAUAUCUGUAUGACUGGUUUUAUGAAACCAACUCUCAGAGAUGAAUUAUACAUACAAAUAUGUAGACAAACCACUGAAAACCCUAGAAAAGAAAGUUUACGUCGUGGAUGGGAACUUCUAGCAAUUUGCUUAUCUUUUUUUCCACCAUCCCCAAAACUUCAAAAAUACUUAGAGAGCUACAUGGAAAGACAUAGGGAUCCUGGAUUAGAUAGUUAUUCAACUGAAGUUGGAAGAUGGCCUGUACAUGUUCAAGUUAGCCAUUAUGCUAGUGUAGCUACUAAAAGGCUUCAUAGAGUAGGAGUAAAUGGAAAAAAAGCUGUCCGUAGACCAACUCUCGAAGAUAUUGAACAAUCAAGGAUGCAGAUUUUUAGACCUAGUCUUUUUGGAAAUACUAUUAUUGAAGUUAUUGAUCUUCAAAAAGAACGAUUUCCACAUCAUAAACUACCUUGGGUACAAACCACAUUAUCAGAUUUGAUAUUAAAACUUAGAGGAGAUCAAACGGAGGGUAUAUUUAGAGUUCCAGCUGAUAUGGAUGAAGUUAUGUCUUUAAAAAGUCGCUUAGAUGUAUGGGAAGUACCAGGUCCUGAAGAUUUAACUGAUGCACAUACUCCUGCUUCUUUAUUAAAACUUUGGUAUCGGGAGUUGUAUGAACCACUUGUACCUGACCACAUGUAUGGAGAGUGCAUUGCUGCUCAUCAAGACCCAAGAAGAGCAAUUGCAAUUAUUCAUCAAUUACCCCCUAUUAAUAAAGCAGUGUUAUCAUACCUUAUUUAUUUUCUACAAUUGUUUACAAAACCUGAAGUUGUUCAGGUUACUAAAAUGGAUGCUAGUAAUCUUGCUAUGGUAAUGGCACCUAAUUGUUUACGAUGUACAUCCAUUGAUCCUCGUGUAAUAUUUGAUAAUGCAAGAAAAGAAAUGGCUUUUAUGCGAUUAUUAAUUUUACAUUUUGAUGCAUCUUUUAUGGAAGGUAUUUUUUAAAAAAUUUAAUUUAGUUCCAUAAUUUACCCAAUUUUUCAAAAAUUAAUUUUGGGGACCACUUAUACCAAAGUUAAAUAUCAUGGCUAGAAGCACAUUAAAUUUAGCUAUUAUUAAGGUAAUUUUAACUGUAUUUUAUUAUAGUACUUAUGUAACUCAAACGUUUGAUGUUGAUUGGUAGUUUAGAUAAGUGUUACCAUGAGUAAUUAACAUUAUAACAUUAAUUAUUUUAAGAUCAUUUCCUUAAUUACUACUUGUUUUUGAAAUCCCUCCCACUGCCUAUAUAUUAUGUUAUUUUUAUCUUAAAAAAACUUAUUUACACACAAUAUUUAUGUUAAGAAAUUAAACUGUUAAUAUAUAUAUUUUUGCUGUAAUUGUUUCAACUAUUAGAAUGUAAAAUGUUAUUAUAAUAAGGUAAACUUCUUUUAUAGAAGUUAAAUACUAUUAGAUUAAAUGCUAUGAUGUAUUAUUUUAACAUUUUAAAGAUUACUUUACAAAAUUUGAUUGUUAGAAAUUGAUUUAAUGAUAUGUGUUCUCCGAUAGUGUUGAAAUAUAUGUUAACUAAAAGUUUUAUUUACAUUUAAACUAUACAUAUAUUCAUGCUUCAUCUAUUUUCAUUUUACUUUUAAAAUUUACAUUUGUAUCAUUUUCCAAAGUAAUGAACUUAUAGUUUUUUUAUUUUUAUUUUGAACAACUUAAAACAAAAAUGUAUUAUUGACUUUUUUAUUUAUACUU